AGCCGCCAGGCGCUGGUCCCGACUCGGUCAUCCUCCAGCACCUCUUCAAACAAUGUUAUCCACGCUCUGCGCUGCGCAAACUCAUCCAUCCCCUGCGAUAUUCAAGACUCUGGAUUGAUUCUAAUCGUCGACAGUCUCCAGUUUGCCAUGGCAACGGUGGUGAUGGAGCAGAUCGGCCGCCUGUUCAUCAACGCGCAGCAGCUGCGGCAGAUCCCCCAGCUGCUGGAGUCGGCCUUCCCGACGCUGCCCUGCACUGUGAAGCUGUCCGACGUCCCCUGGGUGUUCCGCGAGCGCCACAUCCACACCGGCUACAGGCAGGUGGACCAGAGCUGGCGCUACUACUUCCUCACCCUCUUCCAAAGGCACAACGAGACCCUCAACGUGUGGACCCACCUGCUGGCCGCGCUCAUCAUCCUGGUGAAGUGGCAGGAGAUCUCGGAGACGGUGGACUUCCUGCGAGACCCCCACGCCCAGCCUCUCUUCAUCGUGCUCCUGGCGGCCUUCACCUACCUCUCCUUCAGCGCUCUCGCUCACCUCCUCUCCGCCAAGUCGGAGCUCUCCUACUACACCUUCUACUUCCUCGACUACGUCGGGGUGGCCGUCUACCAGUACGGCAGCGCCCUGGCGCACUACUACUACGCCAUCGAGAAGGAGCUGCACACUAAAGUGCAGGGCUUCUUCCUGCCCGCCGCGGCCUUCCUGGCCUGGCUCACCUGCUUCGGCUGCUGCUACGGCAAGUACGCCAGCCCCGAGCUGCCCAAGGUGGUGCUCAAGCUUUUCCAGGUGGUGCCCUCGGCCCUGGCUUACUGCUUAGACAUAAGCCCGGUGGUCCACCGCAUCUACAGCUGCUACCAGGAGGGCUGCUCCGACCCCAUCGUGUCCUACCACUUCUACCACGUGCUCUUCUUCCUCAUCAGCGCCUACUUCUUCUGCUGCCCGCACCCGGAGAGCUGGUUCCCCGGGAAGUGUGACUUCAUCGGGCAGGGCCACCAGAUCUUCCACGUGUUCGUGGUGGUGUGCACCCUCAUGCAGAUCGAGGCGCUGCGGACUGACUUCACGGAGCGCCGGCCCUUCUACGAGCGCCUCCACGGGGACCUGGCGCACGACGCCGUCGCGCUCUUCAUCUUCACUGCCUGCUGCAGCGCGCUCACUGCUUUCUACGUGCGCCAGCGCGUACGUGCCUCUCUCCAUGAGAAAUCGGAAUAAGAGUCAGAUAUAUUAAAACAUUUAAAAAAAAAGAAGAGGUAAUUUAUUUGAGAGUAGUUACCAUUUUAAGAUAAUUCAACUGUUUUUUUUUUUUUUGUCGAUGAAAGUUAUGAGUUUGUGACAGUGACUUAUGAUUAUUUCUUCUUGAUGUGAUCUGCCAAACUACAGUGAACUAAAAAUAAAAGUGAGGGUGUUUUUCUGUGACUUACGAUGACAAAAAGAAAAAAAGAAGGGAAUCUCGUGUUUGUUUAUUGACAUGAAGGUAGUGCUCAAACACUGGGACAAGUUGCAUCUUUGCUCCUCUCGUUUAACGCUCUGUUUUUAAUCCGAGUCUCCAGGAAUGUUUCGCUUCGACACACUACAGCCGGCUCUCGUUCAGGUGAAAGUUAUGGUAUUAGGAGGAUUGUUACGGUGUUAAACAAAUUGUAGCAUUUUAAAUCAAACCAUUUCAAAGCAUUUAAAGUCCAAAGAGACUGCGCGCAUUGGGGUUGGAUGAUAGUCGUUCAGUUUUGAGUCGGUGUUCUCGAUUAACCUUUCUGACUCUGACUUUUCCUUUAAAUUUCAACCCCCGACUUUAAGGAAUCAAAGAGGAGAUUAUUUUGGGAAAAUUCCUCACGGCGCAAACACAGCGUCGCGGAAAUAUUUGAACACACUCGAGGAAAGAUGAGAGCCCAAUUUGAAAACCAAAUAUUUUAUCUCCUUUAUAAAAAAAAAAAAAAAAAAAAAGAGGAGGGAUUUUCCUUGGUGAAAACAUUCAGUUUGAAAUGAGGCUGGCACUCUGUAUCGGUGAAGAGAUGGAUGGAAGAUUACUGAUGUCUCCUUGUUGUUGCGACAAUGUUAAUCUUUUCUAUUCAAAGGGCUGGAACUUCAGCUUUUGCCUUUUCAUAUCCCAUGAUGUCAGCGCUCCGUGUUCAUCGUUUUCAUCGUCGGUCGAUCAGAUUUGAGUCGC